CCCAUAACAAAACGUCGCCAAAUUCCUUAGUUUUCCAAGUCUGCAUUGAGGAGUUUUAUGGGACAAAAUACGGUAGAAUCAGAGGGAAAACUCACACAAGAUAACUCCCUAAAGAGCACUUAGCUGGAGUUUAAGCGGGGAAAAGAGAAAGAAACUUAAUCUCGUGUGAUGAAACCAGUGAAAAAGCAUAAGGAAAAUACGAAGAGGGCGCGUUAACGGGACAGCACGAAAGGAAAGAAGUUUUAAACUCAAAAGAAAAACAUGGGAACGCGUGUGUUUUUACUUGUUUGAUAGCGCAUGGAAAGAACGUGCGCAAACACCCAAAAAGAUACAGUGACCUUAAGAAUGGAUGGAGAGAAGGAAAAAGAGCGGGAGAGAGGAGAUGAGAAAGAGAGUGAUGAAACAGAGGAGGACUCAGAAGGGGCGGCCUUGGUUUGGCAAGAGAGAUACCCUGAAGAUGACCUGGGCUUACCAAUCAUGCACUGGGAGGAUCUGAGCCUUCGUAUUGCUGAACUUGAGAAGCAACAAGAGCAACGAAGACUGAGGGAAAAGGACUUGGACAGCCUGACGGUUGAUUGGCCAGAAAUCAGAGGGCUGAGGAGUCACAGGGAAAUGUAUGAAGACACGGAGGAUGAUUGCAACAGUCGUCUUACUGCUCUAACAUCAAGGGUCCAGAGCCAAAUGAAUCUACAGCUCUGUUUCAUCAACAACAGUGAAAGUGAGGAGGAAGAGGAGGAAAUAGAGGCAAAGAAAGAGGUAGCACAGAAGUCCAGUAAUGGUGGUAGCAGGCAAAGGACAGAGAAGCAGCAAGGUUCAAACUCGACAUCAACUAAGAAAGCCAAAUCAGGAGGGUUCAAGAAUGAUGUCAGAGCUGCACUCAGUCUACUCAGACACAAGUUGAGAUUGGAGCAAAAACAGACAAUACCUCCCAGUGAAGCUGUCAGAGAAAGAGAGCAUUACGAGCAAAGUGACUUGAAGAAUUGGAGCUUGAAGGAGUUGAAAGCAUUGAGGACAUCACUAAGCAAAGACAUUCAUGACUUCAGUUCAGAGCUGGUGGGUCGACUUCUCACAAGGGACCAGUUGAGGACAGAGCAGGAUGCGCUGCUACUGGAGGUACAAGAUAUGACAUCACUUUGAUGUACGGUCAAAAUAAUUGUUUCUUUUAAGGAACAGAAAAUGACCUGCAGACUGUGAAAAGCACUCCAUCGUCACUUCAAAAGAUCUUGUUAGUAUUUGCAAAUUUGUAUUAAGGUUUUUGAUUUUAGCUUUGUAUUAAGGUUUUUGAUAUAUAUAUCUAUAUAUAUAUAUAUAUAGAUAUAUAUAUACACAAUGUUAAGACACUGAUGAGGUGCUGUUGCUGGCUGAGGAGGAACCUCAUCCCACAAUCAAACUGUUUGUAAAGUCAAUUAACCUUUUAACAACCUCAGACACUUCAUAGUUACAUUAUUAUUAAUCAUCUUAUGGCUGUAAUUUAAUCAACAGCAGUUUACAUUUGUACUGCUUGAAUUGCUUGGCAGAUAAAGCAAUAUAUGUAACGAAGGACAAUAUAUGGCAUGCCAUACUCCCUUGCUCUACAGUAUAUUACUUUAAUUUGUUUGAGUGCCAAAGUCAUGUAUGUAAAGCUUGAAAUGUUACAUAAAUCAUGAAAUACUAUUUGGAAAAAUACAAAAUAUGUGUGAUGUUAAAUACUAUACAUUGCCAAGCAUCUCAUGACUGGAUUGUUUCUGUCACUGCUUGUGAAAUACUGAAAUACUAUUUUGUGGAAUAAA